UCGUCUCUUCCUGUUCACACCCAGCUACGCGUAUCUCAGUGACUCUUUCAAACAAUCAAACAAAAAUCGAUUCCCAACUGACCUGAAAUUUUUUCAUCCGAAUCCCUUUUCGCAAAAUUUGAUUCCAAAAUAAAGAAAUGGAAAAACUUGAUUUGUCGAAGCUAAAACUGGCAUCGUCUUCAUUGGGGGAGCGGAUAAAGACGAGCGGUGCUCAGAUGGGCCGCACGAUCAGCACGAAGAUGAAGGAAAUUCUCCAGAGUCCUACGCCGGAAUCGAAAAUAGUCGAUGAGGCCACGGCGGAGUCCAUGGAGGAGCCUAACUGGAGUUUGAACCUCCGCAUUUGCUCUAUGGUCAAUAAGGAGGAAUUGAAUGGGACGGAAAUCGUUAAGGCUAUUAAGAAGAAAUUGGUGGCCGGGAAAAGUCCGGUCAGUCAGAUGUUGAGUUUGGACUUGCUGGAGACUUGCACGUCGAAUUGUGAAAAGAUGUUCUCCGAGGUAGCGUCGGAGAAGGUUCUGGAUGAUAUGUUGAGAUUGAUUGAUGAUCCGAAGGCGGAACAGGGGAAUAAGGUUAAGGCGAUGCAGCUGAUCCGGGCCUGGGGCGAGUCUGAGGAUCUCAUGUACUUGCCUGUUUUUCAUCAGACUUAUUUGAACUUGAAGACAAGAGGGACACCUCCAGUAACACAAGAUGGAAAUGCACCUCCCACGCAGUAUAGCCUGGAGUCAUAUCUUGAUCGCCAGCCCCGUUCGCCUCCUGGAAGUUAUCCUAUUCCCAACACUAGUUUGCAAAAUGUUCCAGAUGCUGCAUUCAUUAGUUAUAGCAUCCAAUCUGUUGAAGAGAAGAAGGAGUUUCUUGAAAUAACUCGAAAUACUCUCGACAUUUUGUCCAGCAUAUUGAAUUCUGAAGUUGUAUCCGAAUCUCUCAAGGAUGAUCUGACUGUGAGCAUGUUGGAGAAAUGCAGACAUUCACUGCCGGUUCUUCAGGGAAUUAUCGAAAGCACGUCUGACGAUGAUCUGAUGCUUUUUGAGGCUCUAAACCUCAACGAUGAGAUUCAAAAAGUAAUUUCCAAAUAUGAGGAAAUGGUAGCUUCCUUAGAACCAGAACAGCCUAACUCGGAUGCUAGAGAAGAACUGCCUAUUCACUCUGAUGACAAUGCAAGAGAACUACCUUAUCACGCUGAUGCCAAAGGAGCAACUUUAGCUCUGCAGAAUGAAAGUCAACGCGAAACCGAAAGUCUGAAUUCAUUGGAAGUAGGGAUCUCUGGAUCCCGGAGUGAGACGAAUAAUAAGAGUGCUCAAGCACAAAAAGCUAUUCCAGAGUGAGAGGAAUAAUACGAGUUCUCGAGCACCAAAGAGUGAUAAUAAAAGUGGCAAAUAUAGUGGACUUACCUUUGGUGGUAGAUCGAGAUCUGGUUUGAGUUGCCUGUUUAUUCUGUUACUGUCUCUAAAUUUAUGGUGCACGUCUUUCGUGAGAAAUUCGAAAUUCUCACCGUGACUAGUUAGCUAGGUUGUUACUGUUUAAUGCACAAGGACUCCAGACGAUUGUUUGUAUGAUUUUAUAUUAGCAUUUGCAUUGGCUUGUUACGGUAUAUUCGAUUGCA